CCCCUUUGUUCGGCUUCGGCGGCGGAACUCUCCCGAAAAGCUUCUCUGUCCGUCCGGCUGCUGCACCGCGUCUCGCAGGGCCCUUCAGAGAAGCCUUUCGCGCUCCAGACCUCGCGAGAGGCCCGCUCCCCUCACGGCCCCGGCGUCUCAAGCCCAGGCAUCUCGGGGCAGCUGCGGCAUCUCCACACGAAGAAGGAGGAGGAGGAGGAGGAGGAGGAGAAGGGAGAAAGCCGAGGCGGCUGCUGCUGCUGGUGGUGGUGGUGGUGCUGCUGCUGCUCCUCCUCCUCCGGCGGCCAACAACACAGCGGCGGCAACAAGCGGUCGGGCCUCCGACCCGGAACCUUAUCGGCGCUCGGAGCCGCACGGGAAGCGGAUCUGCUGCCGGCUCACGGGGGAGGGAAGCUGGGCGGAGCCCCGGAGGAGAACGAGGGAGGAACCCCGGGGUGGGGCAACGAGGGCGAUGCGCACGGAGGAAGAGACCCCUUUCAAGGCUGCGCGGCGGUAAGGAAAAGCGAGGCUCCCCCCACAAAAAAGUCGUCGACGCUCCACAAUUCGGAGCCGGCGUCGUCUCCUCCCCCGCGCCUAAGUAAUUCUCUCUGCCUCAGAUUCGUCCGCUCUCAGAAAACGACAGCACUGCUGCGUGCAUCUGCUUCGGAAUCAAGUCCCCUCGCCUCCGGGGAAUCUUGAGAGCCACCGGCUGCGUUCCGUGGUAAAGGACCCCUGCUGCACCGGGGCCAGGUUGCAGGUGAGGGACUGCCUGUGGGAAUGCUCUCCUCCGGGAGAAACAAAAUGCGUCUUGCAGAUAGGAAAGCGGUCCGCCCAGGAUGAAAAGCUGGACUGGACCCUUCGCCCUGAAAGUCAGGAAGUCUUAAUUUUUAUUAUUGUUGUUCUUUUCUUAGGUUGAGCUAUUUAUUCAAAUAUGGAAACCCACACCCGCAGCAGCCUUAAAGUGGUACCGCCGAAACAAAGCUGAUCUACUUGGGAGUCUAAAGGACAGGGAAAUUAGGGUUUAUUGGGCAGUUUUAACAGAUUGGGAGAUUUAUUGCACUAUAAGGUUUUGUGGGUUAGAGCUAUUGUCUGUGGAAGCUUAUGGCGCAACGAAUCUUUUAAUGUACCACAAUACCCAUUUAUUUAUUUUGCUGCAGCAGUUUAACAGGGGUGGGGUGUCGGUCUGCAAAUCUUUUACCAUUGGAGUCUGAUGAAUGCAAUAAUGUCAUUCACAAACAUGCACAGGUUGGUGGCACUUACUCAGCCGUUACCAGUCUGUCCAACCCAUAACUAAGGAAGUUAAAUGGUUCUUGACAAUGCAUGGCUUCCAUUGGCAUCAGAAUUAUUAUUAUUUUGGGAACUUUUUAAUGUUUGAUGUUUUACUGUGUUUUUAUAUGUUCUGUAAGCUGCCCAGAGUAGCUGGGGAAACCCAGCCAUAUGGGGUGCAGUAUAAAUUAUUAUCUAGUAUUAUUAUUAUUAUUAUUCCAAAGUAAUGAUUCUGAACAUGGGACCAGGACUGGCAUUAUUUCACAGAGCAAUUCUGAGUAUCAGACAUACGUUGUAUUCACUAUUAAGGUGAUAAAAGGAUGAUAUUUGAUUAUAUUUUAGCGCAUUCUUACCAAUGGAGUGACAUGAAAUCAUGGAAUGGUAAUUAUCCCAGAAUAAUUAACAUAUAAGAGUAUGGCCAGAUGUGUAUGUAUGUGGGAAUCUGGGUUGAACCUUUGCAUUUGUUUUUCUCAGGGCCCGUCCUACCAUUAGGCAGAACAAGGUGACUGCCUUAGGUGGCAGGUGCUGGGACAUAAGUGGGUGGGCACUCCUUUAGCUGUUUUCCCUUAGCCAUUCCACAUUCCCUUCUGUUGGAGGACAGAGCUGUGCAUGUUGCACUGGCUAUUCUAGCCUUCCUAAACUAGCCUGCUACUAAGUGCUGUAGAAGAUGCUAUUCAUGUUGAAGUAACAAUCAACUGGCAGUUCAGUCUGCUUCUGUAUAUGGAACAGGAAGGGGGCAGCAUCUUGUCCUUUGCCCAUGAACACAGAAUGUCAUCGGCCAACCCCAAACAAUACAUUUUCAAUGCUGCCUCUCCCAUAAGAUCCCUGCUCCUAUUCCUGCAAUAGGAUUCAUUUUGCUGACUUUCCCUGUCCUUAAUCCUCCUUUAUUACUAAUCUCAUAAAGACCCAGAAGGUGAAUUAGGGAUAUGUUUGGAUUAUCUAUGGCAGCUGCUUGGUUUUGCCAAGUGGCUAGUGGUGACUGUGCCCAAAGUUUCUCUGUUUAGGAUUAAUGCUCAGUUUAGAUGGGCUGUGGAUUGAACUGUUUGUCACCAUACAGUCUUUACAAAUUUCACACUUAUAAUGUUGAUGAAAAAAUACCUGAUGCUGUUUGACCUGCAGUUUUUGAUUAUAAGUUUUCACAUGAAGUCCUCAUGAAAUUUAAGGUAGUUUCUCAGUUUAAAGAGAAAGGUGAAGGCAGAUUUAGAAAUUAAGGUGUAGAUACAGUUUUGCACUUGGACUGACAGUGUUUAUUGUUGAUACGAGAAAUGCUACAUCCUGUAUAUAAAAAUGUUUACAUUUACCACUUUAGUUAGUCUCAAGAUUUCAACAGUCUCAACUUAGAUCCUGUUACCAAAUACACAUUACAUGAAAGUCAUUUGUUUGGAUUUCAAUGAAAUUUUAAGUUCCAUGGCAUGAUCCCAAUUUAAAAUCUGCAAAAACAAUAAAUUCACACAGUGCAGCAGAGUGUUUUGUGCCCCUGGCCUUCUAACAGACAGCCAGUGUUAUAAGCUUUGAUAGCAUACUACUUACUUGAAGUUGUGGGAUGUUUGAAUCCAAGCUCUUCCUGCCCCCUAUAUCCUGACAGAGAAAGAGGUCUGGGUUCAGUCCCUUCUCCCCGCACCCCAGCUGACUGACACUGUCAAAACUGAGAGCUAUGUAAUCUCUCAAGCUAUGUGCACCCAGAUCCCAAUCAGUCAUUGCAAACUACAAACCUUUAAAGCUGAAUACAGAUCUAGCCUCAGAAACCACACACAGAGGUUGUUGUUGCAUGUGUAGUUCCUGAUCAGCAGGCCUGUGCUUGUACUGUCCUUGCUGUAUUAGUGAAUAUGUUUUUAGUGUCACAAUGUUUGCCAUUUCUUUGUAAGCUACUUAAAAUUAUGCUUAUUGUUUCUAUUUCUACAAAGAUAUUUAAGCAGUGGCUUCAUUAUAAAUUAUUUUGAAUUUUCAGGACAGUCCUCAAAAUGCUCAAAGCAAAAUGAAGAUUUCCUUUCUUUAUUCAGGGAGGAUAGAGAGGGAGAGAAAGAAAAUUACUAGCAUACUUUAAAUUGGGGAAAACAUCUGUGGCGGUUGUUUCCUUUAAAAAAAAACUUGUUUUCUCAGAUAAAAUCUUUGGUUUCUGAUUAUUUUUUCACUAAAAUAGAUAUAUUAACAAACCAUGGGCAACCCAGAGGUAAUAACUGAAGCAUAUGUAGCUGUAAUCCGUCCAAAGAAUGCUGCAAGCCUGAAUUCUCGUGAAUAUCGUGCUAAAUCAUAUGAGGUAAAAUCAUUAUUAUUUGUUAGGAGGUGUUGAAAAUGCAUUAAAUGGGAGGGUUUUUUAUUGUAGGAAAUUGUUGUUGUUAAAAUUUGUAUACUGCUCUUCAUCCAAGGAUUACAGGGUGGCUCACAACAUAAAAAUAAAAACACAAAAUACAUAAUUGAAACAAAACACUAACCCUUCUCCCAUGAAUACAUUUAAAACAACGUAUAAAUUAAGGUGUAGCAUCAGUGAGAAUAACAUCCUAGUCCUAGGUACAGACAGAAACUCAGGAAGUAAUCUGACGUUAGUGAUUGAAUUUCCUAUAGCAACGUAUCUUCUGCGUAAGAAAAUAGUUCCUCAUAGCCCCAUUUCAUCAUUUCACUUUUGCCUUUUAAUGCCAUCAUAUGAUAGGUGCAGGGUGAUUCUGUCACCAUGUAAGUUGCUAUUAAAUAUUUCUCAAUUGUUACAAUAACCACAAUGUACAGCUACAAUGUACAGUAUGUCAAUGUACAUACUGCUGCUUAAUAUCUCAGAGAUACUGCUCAGAAUAUUGUGGGGAAGUGAUGCAGUUACAAAACACCCUAACAGAAGGAUGUGUAGUAAUAUUGCUUAAAUUCUAUUUUGUUGUUAUGUGUUAAGCAAGCUAGCAAAAUUGUUACCAAUAAAAGAUUAUCACAGAGCAAAUUAUGUGGCAUUCACACAGUCAACAUUCAUGUUAUGCUCAACAGAGUUAUAGUUAACUGAGUUUGUUGAUCCAGGCAACAUAACAAACCACAGUUAACCAACCACAAAAGCAAAAGCUUGCAAACAUCUCUGCUCCAGCUGCAUAGAAGGGGAGAGGGGGAAGCACACAAGGUGAAAGCUUGCCGCAGCACAUUUAAGAUAAUCAACUAGUCUAGAGUAAAUGUCUUGAAAUAUGCAGAGCAAAUUUCCUUUCUCCCAGUUCUCUUUCAACAUUAAGAAGGUAUGGACCUAUUUUACAGAAUAAUUUCAUUAAAUUCCUCAUAUUUUGAAUUUUCACCAGUCUCUCUUAAUGCUUUAUUUAUUAAAUAGCCAUUCAAUGAAUGCAAUAGCAUGUUAAUUGUGAUUGUGAACAUUUUCAUUUUGUACAGAGGGAUUUUGAAAUUCAAAAGCUUAAGCAAAUACAUGAAUUUGCAUCAGAAUAAGUAAUGACUUAAUAAUACAAAAAACAAAAUUAUGUUAUUGAAAUGCAUGUGGUCAAAGAAUAAUGAAAUAAUACUGUAUUUCCAAAAUAAAGGUAAAGGACCCCUGACCAUUUGGUCCAGUCAUCGCCAACUCUGGAGUUGCGGCACUCAUCUCGCUUUAUUGGCAUACAGCCAAUAUGGCCAGUAUGACAUGUGGCCAGUAUGACUAAGCUGCUUCUGGCGAACCAGAGUAACGCACAGAAAUGCCGUUUACCUUCCCGCCGGAGCGGUACCUAUUUAUCCCUUUUUAUUUCCAAAAUAGCAGCAGGUAAUUCUGUGGUACAUCCAUAAAGGAUCUUGUUUGGAGACACAAUUUAAAUACUGUACAGAUUUUUUUUAAGCUUCCUGAUAUUUCUUUUUAUUCAGGAAAUUCAAUGCAGAAAUGGACCUUACAGUAUUUUGAAUACAAAAAAAAAAUUGCAUCAUGAGCCUAAACAUUUUUUUUUACCAUUAUCUACAUCUCAUACCAACAUGACAUUGCCUAAAAAGUAAAGCUUGCACAUUGGUAUAUCUCAUUCUAAGUAUAUGAGUGCAAGGGCAGCCUCUGUUUAGACAGUGCUAUUAUUCUUUCAAAAUACAGAUCUUUGUAUUAACUAAUGUUUACCUUGAUAUUCAUCAGAUUUUGUUGCUUGAAGUUCCCAUCGAAGGACACAAGAAAAAAAGAAGAAAAAUGUUGUUGGAAACUAAAAUUCAAGGAGGCGGCGAUAUAUCCCAAAAGAUCUUGGAUUAUAUACUAGAAACCACCAAACCAAUUUCACCGGGAAAUCAAGGUAUUAAAGGUAAGGAUGGCUGUUUCUGCUUGAUAACCAAUGACAGUCAGUACAGCUAAAACAACAAUCUUCAUUAUUCUCCAUAAUGCUUGUCAUAAUAUGAAGAUUUUUACUUAUUUUUCGAAGUUAAGAAAGUUCUUAUCCGGCUAAAGGAGAGGUUCUGAAAGAAGAGCUCUGGUAGUAGAAAAGCCUGCUCCUUGUCUAUGCCAAUCAAUUCUUAGAAAGAAGAGAAAGUUGGAGCAAGCACUUAUUUGAAGUCUCCCCAGUAUGGGGAGACAGGUACAGAAAAGGGUGCUUACUCGGUCAACUGGAGCCUAGGUCAUUUAAAAGUUAAAAUCAGUACUUUGUACUGUGCCUUGAAACUAACUGGGUGUCAGUGCAGUUGUUAUAUUCCAGGUGUAAUGAGCUCCCUCCAGUUCCCUCCUAUUAGAGCUUAUCCACACUUACCUUUGACCAACUCUUUCCAGGCAGAGAUCCACACUUUAAUGCUUGCUCCAUGUCUGAGUGUGGUUCCCCUUGCCUCAAAACCUACUAUUUUAAAGCUGAAUUGGAGCAAAUGUCAGUUUGGGUUUUCCACAGAUUGAUGCUUGCUGCAAUUCAGCUUUAAAGAGUGGGUUUUUGCAAGGCAAAUUCUGAAGCAAAAAAAACGCCAGGGUGCUCAAACAUGGAGCUUUAAAUCACACCUGGAAAGAGCAGAGGAAAACUUAAUCAAAUGGGUGGCUGCACUAAUUGAAGCUUCCAAGCCAUCUUCAAAGGCAGCCCCAUAUAGAGUGUGCUAUUGUAGCCUAACAGUUAACAAAGGGUUAAAUCCAAUGUUAGUUGUACUCAUAAUGCACCUAUGGGGAUAGAAUUCAAUGUAUCACUCAGUGGAAUAUGUGUGCAGGAAACUAAGUCACCUCAAGCAGUGGGACUUUCCCUCCCUUCCUCUCCUCCCACCAGCCAGCCUUCUAUACCUGUUCUGGGGUUUUCUCCAACCCUCCAGAGCCGAUUUAAGGACCAUGAGGGGGAGAGUAAGUCCCAUGCAUGCAACAGUUUAGUUGAAUCCUGCCCAUUAAAAUGAAUGAGCAUGGCUAACGUAGGUCCAUUUAAUUUCAAUGAGUCUUACACUGAGUAUAAUUUAGUUGGAUACAGCCCACUGCAUGGAUCACAGUCACCUGGCUAUUAUGCCAGCAGUGACAGGUCUUGAUUGAUAACAGCCCAAACUAGUGAACGUUAAUCUUGGUCACAGCAACAGCUUGAGAAUUCAGGAGAAUUGCCAGGGCUGAUAGUACCCCAGAAUCUCCAAUCCAGAAGAGUGGGACCAGUGCGUGUUAUCAAGAAAGACAGAUGAGAAACAGGAGGAUAAUUUCAAAGGAUAAUUAUUAAAGGAUUAUUAUUGUAUACAGGAAAACGAGUUCUGUUAAUGAAGACUUUCCCUCUUGAUGGCGAGAAGACAGGCAAGGAUGCAUCCCUUUUUGUUGUACCAACAGUAGUCAAAGGUAAAAAUUAAAAUGUUAACAUUAAAGCUGCACAUAAUUAGCAAAUGUUAAUAUCUUUUUCUUUAAAAUGUACAUGAAUCGCACAAUCCUACGAUUUCACACCAUCCAGUUCCACUCAGGGCUACACUUGAAUGCUUUUAAGAAAUGGAACUUCUUUUUCAAAAUGAAAGGGGGAAAACAUUUUAUUUAUGAGGAUGAGAGAGGAUAAUCAGUUGAGGAGCGGGAAAGGGAGAGAAAGGAUUGUGGCAAGCUGCAUCAGGCACUGGUGUUUGUCAGGCCUCAGAGUAGGGUUGCUUACUGCUGAUUAAAUCACAAAUUAUAUUCAGUCUGUGCUCAUCAGUACCAUCCUAUGCAUGUAUUCACAGAUGCAAGCCUCACUGAAUUCAGUGGGGAUUACUCUCAGGUUAGUGGGAAUAGAAUUGAGGCCGUAAUGCUCUCGGAACAUCAUUUUCAACAAGGUUACACUGCAACUUAUAUUGGGAGAAAAUUGCAUUUUUCCAGAAACAAAAUACCGUAUUUUUCGUUCUAUAGGACACACUUUUCCCCCUCCAAAACUGAAGGGGAAAUGUGUGUGCGUCCUAUGGAGCGAAUGCAGGCUUUCGCUGAAGCCUGGAGAGCGAGGGGUCGGUGUGCACCGACCCCUCUCGCUCUCCAGGCUUCAGGAAGCUAUCCCCGGGCUUUGGGCAGAUAUCCGCAAGCCCUGGGAGCCUGGCGGGAGUUCCCACUGGGCUCCCAAGGCUUGCGGAUAGCAGCCUGCAUCCUGAAGCCCAGGGAGCACUGCGCAGCGCACCCCAGGCUUCGGGCAGAUAUCCCCAAGCCUUGGGAGCCCGGCAGGAUAUUUCUUUAUUCCCCCCCCCCCCCAAAAAAAACUAGGUGCGCCCUAUGGUCCGGUGCGCCCUAUAGAGCGAAAAAUGCGGUAAUGUACUUUGUUGAAUGUAAUAAUGAGAUGUCCCUGCAGCCUUGGGAAUUUAAUUUGUGGGACAUAGGAAUAUAAGAACAAAAUGUAAUGUUAUCAGGCCAAAAUUGCGUAAUAGAAUAAAUGAGAUUUGUUCAGCGUUUUUGUUUUAAAAAGUAUCUUCUCCUUUGUAGAUAAUACAAAAUAUGCCUACAGUCCUGGAUGUCCAGUUUUCUACUGCUUACAAGACAUCAUGAGGGUCUGCAGUGAAUCCAGUACUCACUUUGCUACAGUAACAGCUAGAAUGUUAAUUUACUUGGAUAAGUAAGACAUUUUUAACAGAACUCCUUGAGUCUAUAAAAAGAAAAUGACGCUAAAUAAUGAAAUAUUUUAAAAUAUUCUUAACAUUUUACAUACCAUAAUAUUUCAAGACAGAUCAUAUUUUACUUUUUUUAAAAAAAGUUGCAGGUCCUAAGCACUUGUUCUUAAGUGUUUGUAUCAGUGUAUCUCUCUAAAGGCUUACUUACUAUGGGUAGGUGUUUACAUUAUGCUGUACUAAUUAUUUACUAAUCUUCAAUAAAAGCAACAAUGCUAAAACAUUUUUGCCCGUUGUGUUCUGCAGGUGGUUAGAAGAACGGCAUUCACAAUCCCAUUCAAUCCCCGCUUUAUUCAGACCAUCUCCCUUGGAGCGGAUUAAAACAAAUGUCACAAACCCUGCAUACGCUGUUGAAUCUGGGCAGACAGAGAGCUCACUUCAUAUGGGAUACACAGCAUUGGAAAUCAAGAGUAAAAUGCUGGCACUUGAGAAGGCAGACAUGUGCAUCUACAACCCUUUAUUUGGCUCAGAUCUUCAGUAUACCAAUAGGGUAAGAGGAGAUCAUUAUUAAUUUACCAUAUAUACUCGAGUAUAAGCCGUCCCGAAUAUAAGCCGAGGCACCUAAUUUUAGCACAAAAAACUGGGAAAACUUAUUGACUUGUGUAUAAGCCGGUUCACCACACCACAAACCUGGUGGUGGCAGCAGCGGAGGAGGAAGAACAAGCAGCCCGAAAGGGCUCCUUUCGGGCCGCUUGUCCCUCUGCCACCACCUCUGCGCCUGCCCUUGCGAGAGGCAGGCGGCAGCGGCUGGACCAGCGGCAAGAAAGGGCUCCUUUCGGGCUGCUCAUCCCUCCGCCGCCACCCACCUCACUCGAGUAUAAAAAAUGUGCUGAAAAAGUCAGCUUAUACUCAAGUAUAUAUGGUAAGAGUGUUAGAUUUUUUAUGUUCAUUAGGGUGUACUUUGAGCCUUUUUCUUCUUCUUCAUUAUAUGGUAUUUCCAGGUCGACAAAGUGGUUAUAAAUCCAUACUUUGGACUUGGAGCCCCAGACUAUUCAAAAAUACAGAUUCCAAAACGUGAAAAGUGGCAACGCAGCAUGAGCAGUGUCAUGGAAGACAAGUACUGUGUUAUUUUUAUUCAUUUCUUUAUAAAAGAAUUGUCCCCUGAAGCCCAAACCCUUUUUUAUUUAUUUAAAAACUGUAUAGGCAUUAUUGCUUCCAGAGUGGAUGACGGCAAUCCUAAAUAUGUUUACUCAUAAGUAAAUCCCAUUAUGUUCAGUAGAGUAUACUCCUUCGUAAGUUUGCAUGAGUUCUUUUUUUUAGUAAUAAUUUUUAUUAAGUUUUCAAUUAUUAAGCUUUCAAUUUUACAUUUCAAAAUAAAACAUUUUACAAACUUUAAAAUAUCCAGUGACUUUUUAUAAUAAACUGCAGUAAGUCCAGCUGGCCCUGGUGCUUUCCCCAUUUUCAUUUGGUUUUUUGCCAUUUGCAGUUCCAAUACUGAGGUGGGUGCAUUCAGAAUUUGCCAAUUUUUCUUAGAUACUCGGGGUAUGUAACCGUCACUUAAAGUAAGUUUGCAUAAGUUCUGUAAUGAUCUCAGGUCCCUUGCUGGAGAGGGUAGUGGCAACGACCACAGUCGAAGCUAAGAGCAGCCUUUUAACUUCCCCUCAAAGUGUGUUGGCUCUUAAAAGUGAAAUAUCCAAUCGGUGUACUAAGACUGUAAAGUAGAAAUAGGUUUGAAAUGCAGCCCCACCCCCACCCCGCAUUGCAUUAGUGGGAGGAAAACCAACUCCUUAACUGUCUCGUGCCUUUUCUCUUCAGAUCAAAGCAACAGGAUGCUUUUGAUGAAGCAGUAACAUGACUGAAAUAUCUGAAAGAUAACAUGACUGAAAUAUCAUAUCUUAAUUCCCUCCCCACCCCACAGGGAACGUCAGUGGGUUGAUGAUUUCCCUCUUCAUCGCAGUGCUUGUGAAGGAGAUUCUGAGUUAUUGAGUCAACUUCUCAAUGAAAACUUUUCAGUCAACCAGCUGGACAGUGAUCAUUGGGCACCCAUCCAUUACGCAUGCUGGUGAGCAGAGUACUCUUGCAUUGAAGUCCAAAACAGGGAAUUGUUCAUAAUUAAAACCAUCUGUUUGUGUCUUCGUGCUUAUGUGUGUGUCUGUGUGUUCAAGCUUUUGUCAUGCUCAAACGUAGCUGAGAAAUAGAAUGCAGCUAUGUGGGUGAAGGGUGUGGCUCCGCAGCUGAGGAUUUGCUCACUUCUCAGUGUCUCUGAGCUUUGGAGGGCAAAGUAAACCAUCCGUAGUGUAGCACAGACUUGGGAAAGGGCAAAAUGUGAAGCUCACUGUAGAUGCUGGGAUCAUAGGACCCCCAUUGAAAUGAAUUGCAGUUAUUUUUUUCACAUUUAACUGAAUGGCUGCCAUUUACCACAUGUAGAUUAAUCAGGCUGAACUUGAGGAAACUUUAUGGUUGGGAACAAAGCCACUCUCCAUUUCCUGUAGUGGAAGGCCUAGAUUCCACUGAAACUCAUGGAAAAGCGUAGUUUGAUGUAUCACUGUCCCUCAGAAGUCUUCCCUGCAUGCACAUAGACUGCCCCCAUCAAAAAGAUGGACAUUUUGCUAAUCUCUAAUAAUUAUUGCACAUUAGUUGCCCGGCUUACAUGUAAUGUUAAGCCAAACCAUGGUUUAGCAUGAACAAGUGAAGGCUGAGACUGUCAAAUUCUUCCCCCAGGCCUGCCACUGUUGCACUACCCACAGCUUAGCUAUUGUUUGGCUUGGUAUUAUGUCCGAACCCAGGGUUGUGGUUUGUCUCUCCUAGAUGAACUGCAGGCAGAACACACCUUGGUUAUAACUUGUGGUUUAUUAGGAGCAGGAGAAACCACAAGUCCAGAUUCAGACAUAAGCUAAACCAUACUUUAGCUGCAGAUUCAGAUAUAUGCCAAACCAUAACUUAGUUGCAAGUAGUGCUACAGCAGCAAGACCAGGGAAGAAGCAAAGUGGCACUGUUUCUUCUUCUGAGCACCCAUGUUUGUUCAUUUGUGCUAAGCUAUGGCUUUUGGCUUAGUAUUAGGUGCAAAUUGGGUCAGUGUGAAAGUGGGUUCUGGCAGCUCAAAGGUAACCCAGACUUUGUAGGAACUUUGCAAAUGCUGUAGAAACUGGCAAUCCAGUUAAGUGGCUAGGGCCAGCUUUAAUGAAAAGCACCACUGCUGUAAGAGAGGCUUUCUGCAAAAAAAUGUACUUAGCAGUUGCUGAUUUAAAAAUGUAUGUAAAAAAAUUUUUGGGGAAACCCUCAUAUAUUCUUAGAUUAUUUGAAAAAAAUGAGUUGAAUUACUUAUUUUAGAAUAGUAACUUCUCCCAGAAGUAAGUGAAUUUCAUUAAAUUGCAAUACUAAUUAUUUUUGUGGGGCAUGAAUUCAUUCCAGAAUGCUGGUAGUGUUUCAGACACUUAGACUGAACUAAAAUAAUUAACAAGUAAGUGCGGUUUCUUACAUGUGUCUUUGGAACCAUUUCAUAGACCAUAUGCAAGCUUACCUUUAUUUGCAUUUGUUCUCUCUGUAGGUAUGGUAAAGUUGAAGCUACUCGAAUGUUGUUAGAGAAAGGAAAAUGCAAUCCAAACUUGCUCAAUGGACAGCUCAGCUCGCCUCUUCACUUUGCUGCUGGGGGUGGGCAUGCCGAAAUUGUACAGAUUCUCCUAAACCAUCCAGAAAUUGAUAGAGUAAGAUGUAUUUGUAAUUUCAAUCAUGGUUUCUUAUACAAUUAAAUUCUGCUUUUGAACAGUGGCUCAUACUUCCAUUUGCAAAAGAAUAAAAACAAUUAAGAUGUUUCUUGAAGUCAGUCCAAGGAAUGACAGUAUUGUGGAGCAGGAAACACAAGAGUAAAUACUUCAGAGAAGUAAUUCCUAUUGCAAAGAAGUAAUUCCUAUCAUUGCAGUUUGCGCUAGGAAGAAUUGGCACCGUGGUCAGCACUUUGAACAGUACCCUGAAAAUGUUUAAGACAAGUGGUGCUCUCUAAUUCAGAGCAUUGAACACCCCACAGAACACUGCAUCUGGAAGUGCUUUUAAACCGUAAUUUCCUAAUCAUAGGCAUGAUUCUGUUAUUUGGUGGUAGGAUUGGAAAACACAGUUCAGAAGUGGAGUCAUGCCAACUGAUAAGUGAAGGGUACUUUCCAAGAAGGGGGUGGUGGAUGUUGCAGCCUUUACUUGAGGGGCUGUAGCUUAAUAGUGGAGCACACGAUUUGCAUGCAAAAGGUCCCAGGGUUUUUGAAAGCCUUUGAAAGAAAGGCUUGUGUCUGAAACAUUGGAUGGCCCCUGCCAGUCAUUGUGUAAGCAGUGCUGAGCCAGGUGGACCAGUGGCCUAACACAGCAUAAGACAGGUUGCUAUGUUGCAUUCAGAAAGCUGUGUUUUAAAUCUCGUAUUGUUUCUGUUUGUAGCACAUCACUGAUCAACAAGGAAGAACCCCACUGAAUGUCUGUGAAGAGAACAAACAAAAUGAGUGGGCAAAAACAGCCAACUUGCUGAAAGAGGCCGCAAACAAACAAGUAUGCAAUGACCUUUCAGAUUUUAGAAAAGGUCCUUAAAAGCAAAAGGAAGUGUUUACUGGUUAUUGUAUUUGUUUGUGUGUAUGUAUAUAUAUAUAUAUAUCUCAAAAGAAAGUAUUAAUCCAGGAGCAGUCGGUGUGGUGGGGCAGUGCCAUAGAUAGACGCAUUGCUGAUAGAUGCAUUGCUGCCCUUUACCAUGAUGGGGCAGGACAGUGGUGAGGUUGAGGCUGUAUGGGUAUAGUGGCAGGGGCAAGCUUUGCUGGUGAGUCUGUGCUGCCCCGACCUCUUUGCCAGCCUGCACAGCACAAUCCCUCUGCAACCUACAUUUAUCUCAUGUGUAGUGACAUGGUGUUAUGGCAAGCCCAUAAACAUAAGAUGCUGCUGAGUAGAAUUUAUUAUUUCCAUUUUAAUCUAAUUUGUUAACACCACAGACCUUCUCAAAUAUUUUCUUCCCAGAGUUAUUUUAAUGGACUUUCUAUAAUGAAUAAAUUCUUGCGCAGCAGAACAACUUGCAAUAGUGCAAGUCUCGAAAUUCCAGUUCAGCAUGCCAUUUGAAUGAGCUCCCAUACGUCAUCUGUGCUGGAAUGGGCCUCGGAAGCAGAGCUUGACACAGAAGAUCUCUGACCCUUCUCCUGAGCUUGUACCUGGAGAAGUGGCUCACCCUUGACCAUGUGUCUCAUUUCAGGGAUGCUUAGACACUAAUAUUGCCCCUUUUUCCACUGGAGGGGGGCAAGGUACUGGCACCCACAAAUUUUGGCUUGCUACCAGGACCAGGCAAGGUUUCAGUAUUUCCUGUUUUCAUUUAUGUCCUCUAGUAUGAGAAGGUACGAAUUUAUCGAAUGGAUGGGUCAUACCGCUCUGUGGAGUUGAAACAUGGAAACAACACCACUGUGCAACAGAUAAUGGAAGGAAUGCGUCUUUCUCAAGAGACACAACAGUAUUUCACUAUUUGGAUCUGUUCUGAAAAUCUUAGUAAGUAAUUGGUAUCUUGAUGACAUCUGGUGUGGGGUGGAUGGGGAAGAACAGUCUUUCAGGCAAAAAAACAGGGGCCCUUCCAGGCCUAAUUUGGCCCAUGCGCCGGAGGUUGUCCAUCCUCUCUCCCUAGCAGCCACCCUCCUCCUUUGGAGCAGGUUCUGAAGAAAGCAGUCUUUCACGUGACUUGCUCCCAAGCCUUUAAGAGCUUCAAAGUUUACGAACAGAACUUUAAAUUGGAUCCAGAAACUCAAGUGGGAGCCUGUGCAGCUGACAAAGCAGUGGCAUAAUAUGAUCAAAACUUCCAGUCAUAGUUAAUAAUCUUGCAGCCGAACUUUUGGACCAGCUAAAACUACUUUUAAAGACAGAUCCAAGUAUAAUGCAUUAUAAUAGUUUAAAUAGUUCACCUGAACACCAGUAGCAAACUAUGCCUCUAGCUACGAUUGUAGCUGAUAUAUUAGCUGAAGCUAACAAAAGGACUGAGCUCUUAGUGUUUCUGCCUUUUCUGACAAAAAGCUGACUUUUGCACUUUUUGUUAAGUGCAUCCAUUUUUCUAGGACACUGGUAACUGGUGUAGACCACAUUGCAUUUGCAUGGUUGGCAGAGAUGCUGACAGUACCAUGCAUAUUCAGUUGACUUGUUGUUUUAUGUGCUUCAUAAAUACAGUGGAACCUCGGGUUGUGAACGUGAUCUGUGCAGGAGGCACGUUCGCAACCCGCAGUGCUGUGUCUGCGCAUGCGCGGGUCGUGAUUUGGCGCUUCUGCGCAUGUGCAAAGCACCAAAACCCGGAAGUAACCCAUUCCGGUACUUCCGGGUUCGGCACAGUGUGCAACCCGAAACCGCGUAACCUGAAGCAUCUGUAACCCGAGGUACCACUGUAACAAGAGACAUCCCAAAGCAAUACAAUACAAUAAAGACACAUGUGGAGCAAUCAUGCGUGCAUGCCAUUCAAGUUCAAUACAGAUAUCAGCUGCAGGGGGGAAUCCAUGUAAGAUUGUUGAAAGAACUUCAACAGUUGCCAAAGGACAAUAGGAAAUAUGUAACAUUGCUAUUUAUGACAUUUUGCUUUUAUAAUCCUGCCUUCUUUCAAAACAUACUCGGUACUGUACAGCAUUCACACAUACUUGAUACGCACACUGAGACAUUGUCUUGUUUGCAUUUAUUUAAAUUAAAGAGCUUUUGUUGUAUAGAUCUCCAGCUGAAACCGUAUCAUAAGCCUCUGCAGCACGUUCGCGACUGGACGGAAAUACUCACUGAACUGACAAACCUGGAUCCUCAAAGGGAAACCCCACAGCUUUUCCUGAGGAGGGAUGUAAGACUUCCUUUAGAGCUGGAAAAAAAGGUUGGCAUUUUAUGUUCUGCUAUAUCAAAUUCAGGUUCAACGCCUGAAUCUCUAGACAGAGUCCAGUAUAAUGAUUUCACUUAGUUUGUUCUUCUGAAUUCUCCAGAUAAUACAGCUUGGCCAAGGGAAGCCAACGUGAUGCUCUUCAUAUUUUGCUGGACUACAACUCCCAUCAUCCCCAACUGCUGACCAUGCUGGCUGGGAGUGAUGGGAGCUGUAGUCUCAACAGCAUCUGAAGGCCAUUUAUGAUAAAUAGAGUGACUGGGGAAACCCAGCCAGAUGGGCGGGGUAUAAUUGUUGUUGUUGUUAAGUGGGCAGCUAGAUCUAAGCUGUGAUGUAGCGUUUUUAAUGUUCAAGCUUUUAAACAUUAUUUAAAAUUUAUUUUGUUUUAAAUAACCAACUUGAACUUAAAAUUUAAAUAACUACAAUAAUUGCUUUGCUACUGAGCAAACCAAAUAAGAACUAAUGAUGUUUUAAUUUUUAAUAUAGACACAUUUUAUUUUCUAUGCUAUAGAUUGAGGAUCCACUGGCUAUUCUUAUCCUAUUUGAUGAGGCCAGGUACAAUUUAUUAAAGGGUUUCUAUACGUCACCUGAUGCCAAGCUGAUAACACUUGCAAGUCUGCUGCUGCAAAUAGUCUAUGGAAAUUAUGAAAGUAAAAAGCACAAGCAAGGCUUCCUAAAGUGAGUGGAUUUUAAAAUAUUGAUAUGCUUUUUGUUUUAAAAUGAAGAUAUUCAAAUAAGAGAGUCUAAAAGACUACUUCAUGAUUGGAGAUGUUGGCUGAUUCUGGGCUCCCUCGCUUUUACAUAGAUAACCAAUACAGUUAAAGGUGACUUAACCAAUCACCUGAGCAGCAAGAUGGAUCAUCAGAAUGCUAUAAUGUGCAUUAUAGCCUAUUUGCAUGCAUGAACUGUUGAUAAAAGGGCAAACAGAUUUUGUUUUUUAUCUGUUCAAUAUUAUAAAAGUGGUUAAACGUGUUUGGUUUUUAUUUACAGUGAAGAAAACUUAAAAUCUAUAGUGCCAAUCACCAAAUUAAAAAGCAAGGCACCUCACUGGACAAAUCGAAUACUUCAUGAAUACAAGGUACGAUAUUGAGCAACAUGUCAGAAAACCUGAAAGCACUCCGAUCGUAAAUUUUAAUGUUGUUAAUUUCUUUUUAUAUUGUAAACUGCUACAGGUUACGUUGUGUGAUUUUAGAUGAAAGUUUUCCUUUUAUUCUCUGUCGUCCAUUGUAAAGGCCUUUGGCUAUAUACAGUAAAAUUGACUCUCACCAUUAAUAAUUUAAAAUGUCCUUUAUUUUCUGGAAAUGUUAGGGCAACAAAAAUAAAAUGCCAACCAAGAGGUCUAACGGCUAAUUUUUGAGUCAUUGCUAUCGGUGACCAGCUUUGUGUGCCACAUUAAACUAUUGUUAAAAUAAGCUCUGGUGUAAUAUGAAUCCAUUGCUUCCUCUCCACUGGUAAUAUGCUGCUGGGGAACUGAGAUUUGGUUUGGCAUAGCACUAUGUUUGAACCUGGGCUAAGGGUUUGUUUCUGUCCAAACAAACUAAGGGGUACUGGAUUAUUUUGGAGAAUCAAACCAUGAACCCAGGUUUAGCAGAAAUGCUAAAUGAAAUUUAACUUCCUGAUCUCCCCCGCCCCCACAAAAAAAAAUUCUUAUUGAAGUCAACAGCAUGGUUAUGAAUUUCUUUCCAUCUUGUAUGUAUUCAUAUCAGAGUAUCCUUAAGCAAAGUAUUUCUGCCAUUUCACCCUGUGCAAAGAAUCUGGAUCCAAAUACAUCAUCAUCAUCAUUUUUAUUCGACCGUCAGUCAGAAAAAAGUACAUUUUGUCAAUACACAGUUAAAAACAUCCAGGAAGAUUUUAAAACUUAGCCAACACUAAAAUGGGCUAAACAGAUAGCCCCAUACUGGAUCCAAAUACAGUGGAACCUCUGGUUACGGACAUAAUCCGUGGCGUCCGCAGCCCGCAGCGUUUGCAUCCUGAAGCGCCACACCUGCGCAGGCGAUUUAGCGCUUCUGGCAGGCGCAAGCGGCGAAACCCGGAAGUAGCCCGUUCCAGUACAGUGGUACCUCAGGUUACAUACGCUUCAGGUUACAUACACUUCAGGUUACAGACUCCACUAACCCAAAAUUUUUACCUCAGGUUAAGAACUUUGCUUUAGGAUGAGAACAGAAAUUGUGCUCCAGCAGCGUGGCGGCAGCAGGAGGCCCCAUUAGCUAAAGUGGUGCUUCAGGUUAAGAACAGUUUCAGGUUAAGAAUGGACCUCCGGAACGAAUAAAGUACUUAACCCGAGGUACCACUGUACUUCCAGGUUUCCCGCAGUACGCAACCAAAAAACAUGUAACCUGAAGCGUCUGUAACAUGAGGUAUGACUGUAGAAGUUAAAAUCUCAACUUUUGUGGGUAUGUCAACUUGUAUUUGCAGAAUCUCAGUUCCAGUGAAGGCGUUAGUAAAGAGAUGCAUCACCUGCAGCGCAUGUUUUUGCAGACCUGCUGGGAGAUUCCUACCUAUGGGGCUGCUUUUUUCACAGGACAAGUAUUCACAAAAGCAAGCUCAAGCAAUCAUAAAGUCAUCAGAGUGUAUGUAGGUGUAAAUGUCAAAGGAUUGCACCUUCUCAAUAUGGAAACAAAGGUACAGUCUUUGUUUUUCAGUUUUGAGCCUUAACACUAUCUGUGAACAUAAUGCAUAAAAUGUGCAUAUUCCAUACAGCAUAUGUCAAUAAUAUUGUUAUUCUAUUUAACAUAGUAGUAUUUCAUUUUUUUGUAAUUCAUAACAGAAUAUGUCAGACAGUGAGCACAUAUGUAGCUUACUGAGGAAAGCACUUUUAUUUAGUGUCAAAUUUAUAGAUAAUGUUGGCUUUUCAGCUUGUUUCCUUUAUAUUGACAGGCAUUGCUCAUAUCUUUAAGAUACGGUUGCUUUAUGUGGCAGCUGGGAGAUGGAGACAGCUGUUUUCAAAUACAUAGUCUGGAAAACAAAAUGAGCUUUAUAGUCCAUACCAAGCAGGUAAGCAAACUACUGAAUUCACACAUUCCUCACCUCCCCACCCCCCAAUUUUUUCCCUGGUGCUGUGCAUGCCUAACAAUUACAUUUUAGGACAGAUAUCAAUUGCUGUUAGUUUUGGAGAGGGGACGUAGGUGGCGCUGUGGUCUACACCACUUGAGCCUCUUGGGCUUGCCGAUCAGAAGGUUGGCAGUUCAAAUCCACGCAACGGGGUGAGCUCCCGUUGCUCUGUCUCAGCUUCUGCCAACCUAGCAGCUUGAAAGCAUACCAGCACAAGUAGAUAAAUAGGUACUGCUGUGGCAGGAAGGUAAACGGCAUUUCCAUGCACUCUGGCACUCGUCACGUUCCUUUGCCAGUAGCGGUUUAGUCAUGCUGGUCACAAGACCCAGAAAUCUGUCUGUGGACAAACAUUUGCUCCCUCAGCCUGAAAAGCAAGGUGAGUGCCACACCCCAUAGUCACCUUUGACUGGACUUAACUGUCCAGGGGUCCUUUAUCUUUACCUAAUAUUGGAGAAUAAUACUGUUGAUUGGACUAGCAUUGGUUUAAAGAAACACAGUAGUUCUGCACAAUAGUUUGAUUUAGGCAGAUGAACAAGUAACACUACUCAGCUGUUAAAAAAAAUAUUCAAUGUCUGCCAUAGAGGCCUAAAAAUCUGUGCUUAGAACUAGUUUACACUCUUUAUAGUCCACGGAGUAUACAUUUUCAACACUAACAAGCAGUUAUCUCUAUUUGUAAAUGUUAUUUAUCCUUGUCUCACAAUACAGCUUGGGCCAUCUUCCCGAACCUGGUGCCCUUCAGAUGCCAUGGGCUACAGCUUCCAUCAUUCCAGGCCAGCAGGGGAGGAUGGCAAUUGUAGUCCAAAACAUUGAGAGGGCACCAGGUUGGGGAAGGCUGAUUUGACUAAUAUUCUAUAAAAGCAGAUUUCUGAACCAAAGUUAUUCUUUCCACCUGCACUGUGGACUAAGGUUAAGGUUUUUCAUCAUAUUUAAAUGGUUAUACUAUAUUAAAUUGAGAUGAGAUUCUGGUGUCUCCUAUAAAAAGGGUAAAGGUCAAAGAGACAUGAGUUCUUACACAAAUAGUCAAAAGAAUUCGCUAGAUAGAACAGGGAAGUAUCCCAAAUUAGAAGGUGCAUAGGUUGCACAAGCUGCUUCUGCCCAGUUUUUGGCAAUUCCCCACUCCCAUGAUGUCCUAGGUUCCUUGACCUACAUGAGAGGUAAUAAUAGUAAUAAUAACUUUCUUAUUUAUACCCCACCCAUCUGGCUGGGUUUCCCCAGCCACUCCCCAGGUUUCUCAAGAGGGUAAGUGGAGGGUGGAGAUGCUGAUGAGAAAGCCUCCUCAUACAAACAGACCUGCUUACAACAUUGGAUGCAGACCAAUAAAAAAAAUUACUUCCAGCUCUAAAAAGUAACAUAAAACAUGAAGUUCUGACUGUGCACUGAGCAUUUAAGGCUGCAAUUCCGAAAACAAUCCUUUGAGUUCUUCUCACUGCAGCUCCCAUGCCACAUCCCAGGAAUUUCCCGAAUGUUUCCUAUCCUCCAGCAGGUUUUUUGGGAUGCAGAGAACUGGCGUGGGGAAGAGGGGCAGGGAUGGGCUUCCACUCACAAAGUACUAGAUAGAAUACGUCAUAUGACCCUGAUUUGUUUUUUCUGUUUGCAGGCGGGACUUGUUGUAAAAUUGCUGAUGAAAUUAAGCAGCCAGCUGGUUCCCAGUGAAAGAAGUAACUGAAAUAAAUGGAGAAUGAUUAUGCAAUUAGCUACAUUAAGCACAUUUUUUGUUUCUGUAAAUAAAAGCCUUGCAUGUAUAUGAAUUGUACAGGAUGAAAUAUGCUCUCUAUUGGACUUCAUACAGGAGUUUAUUUGUUUAUUUGUAAAAUAGAAUAUAUCUGUUAUUUUUAUAAUAAUGUUGGGGGGUUUAUUUUAAAAACCAUAACAUGCAUCAAGAAAAAAUGUGCAUAUAACCAACAGUAGUUGAAAACACAAUAGGAUGUAAGGCCCAUUGGACACAAUAGGACUUACUUCUGAGUAAACUUGCAUAGGAUUGCACUGUAAGUCUAUACAGCUGUACCUUGGUUUUCGAACAGCUUAGUUUUUGAACGUUUUGGCUCCCGAACACUGCAAACCUGGAAGUGACUGCUCCGGUUUGCGAACUAUUUUUGGAAGCUGAACAUCCGACGGGGCUUCCAUAGCUUCUGAUUGGCCGCAGGAUCUUCAUGCAGCCAAUCAGAAGCCACGCUUUGGUUUUUGAACGUUUUGGAAUUCGAACGGACUUCCAGAAUGGAUUCCGUUCAGCUUCCAAGGUACUGUAUUCUUCUUUAAAAUAGGCAAUAAAUAAGAUUUUGCACCUCUGCUACCCAACAGAAGAUUGCUUUGCAGGUUUUACUGCAUUAUUCUGUCAUGGCAUGUGUGAACUAUUGCAGUAGAGCAUAAUUGGAGGAAUGUAGUGAAACUUGCAAAAUAACCUUUAGUAGUCAGCCUAGUAACAAGUGGCUAUACUGUAAUUAAACUCCCCAAAAGUAACAAGAUCUCGGGACCUCUAGAGCAGCAUUCAAUCCAGUGCAAAUAGCUGUAGCCAGAAGAGAAAGCCAGCAACUUCCCUAGCCUGAUUUAAAAAAACCGCACCAACACAACAAAAAACUUUGCUUUCUUUAUUACCCCUUUGUUUAGAACUUAAUUUGAUUAAAAACAACAUCUUAUUAUAUAUUUAGAAUAUUGCAUGGAAAGAGUCAGGGGGUUAGAUCUAGCUCGGUCAAACAGUCCAUCCAUUGAACUAAAUGGACAUGAUUAACUCAAGUCCAUUUAUUUCGGUGUAUCUUCUUCAUGCCUGGCGUGCUCUGGUCCAUGGGGUCACGAAGAGUCGGACACGACUAAACGACUAAACAACAACAUCUUCUUUAAGCAUAAUUUAGUUAGCUGCACCGCAGGAAGAACUUUGUUGAAUGAAAUCUAAAGUGUUGUGUACUUUGUUGCCUUUUUAUACUUCUGAAAUAAUUGUUUUGCUAAUUUAUUGUUAUGUUUAUGAAGUACAGUUUUUUAAAUAAUAUAUUCUUUGUACAAAGACUUGU